UUACUCGGAGGGCGCAUGACGUGCCGGAGGGGCCGAGCCCGGGGCCGCGGCGGCGGAAGGAAGCGCGGGCGCAGGCCAGGCUCGGCGGAGGGUGUGAGCCGGGGGGAGGAGCCUGCGCGGCCGGGCUGCGGGCGCAGCGGCCCAGCCAUGUCCGCCGAGGAGGUGGUGCAGAUCCGCCUGGAAGGCCGAUGCUACCCGGUGAGCAAGAGCAAGCUGAUCGAACAAAGCGACUACUUCCGCGCGCUCUACCGCUCCGGCAUGCGCGAGGCCGUGCGGCCCGAGGCCGGCCCCGAGGUGCAGCAGCUGCGCGGCCUGAGCGCGCCGGGCCUGCGGCUGGUGCUGGACUUCAUCAACGCGGGCGGCGCGCACGAGGGCUGGGGCCUGGGCGAGGACGAGCUGGCCGAGGCCAGCGUGCUGGCCGAGCUGGUGGAGGCCGCGUCCUUCCUGCAGGUCACGGCGCUGCUGCGCCUGCUGCUGUCGCAUGUGCGUCUGGGCAACUGCUUGGAGCUGUACCGCCUGGCUCAGGUGUACGGGCUGCCCGACCUGCAGGACGCCUGCCUGCGCUUCAUGGCCCUGCGCUUCCACCAGGUGCUGUGCCAGCCGCAGUUCCCGCUGCUGCUGUCGCCGCCGCAGGCCCCCGGGGACUGUAGCCUGAAGCAGAGGCUGAGGGAGGCCCGCAUGCGCGGGACCCCGGUCCUGGUGGCCCUGGGGGACUUCCUCGGGGGACCCCUGGCCCCGCACCCGUAUCAGGGGGAACCCCCGUCCAUGCUUAGGUACGAGGAGACCACGGAACGCUGGUUCCCGCUGGCCAACAACCUGCCCCCCGACCUGGUGAACGUCAGGGGCUACGGCUCAGCCAUCUUGGACAACUACCUCUUCAUCGUGGGCGGGUACAGGAUCACUAGCCAGGAGAUCUCGGCCGCGCACUCCUACAACCCCACCACCAACGAGUGGCUGCAGGUGGCCUCCAUGAACCAGAAGCGCUCUAACUUCAAACUCGUGGCUGUCAGUUCAAAGCUCUACGCUAUCGGUGGGCAGGCUGUGUCUAACGUGGAGUGCUACAGUCCUGAGCAGGAUGCAUGGAAUUUCGUGGCUCCCCUGCCAAACCCUCUGGCUGAGUUUUCUGCAUGCGAGUGCAAGGGGAAGAUUUACGUCAUCGGUGGCUAUACCACCCGAGAUCGCAACAUGAACAUCCUGCAGUAUUGCCCCUCUUCUGACCUCUGGACGCUGUUUGAGACCUGUGAUGUCCAUAUCCGCAAGCAGCAGAUGGUGUCUGUGGAGGAGACCAUCUACAUUGUGGGUGGCUGUCUCCAUGAACUGGGUCCCAACCGCAGGAGCAGCCAGAGUGAGGACAUGCUCACCGUGCAGUCCUACAACACGGUCACUCGGCAGUGGCUCUACCUGAAAGAGAACACGUCCAAAUCGGGCCUGAACUUGACGUGUGCACUGCACAAUGAUGGCAUCUACAUCAUGAGCAGGGACGUCACUCUGUCCACCAGCUUGGAGCACCGGGUGUUUCUCAAGUACAACAUCUUUGCAGACAGCUGGGAAGCCUUCCGGCGGUUCCCGGCCUUCGGACAUAACUUGUUGAUUUCCUCUCUCUAUCUACCCAAUAAAGCAGAGACCUGAGUGAUUCAACAGUACUUAAAAGAAGGAUCUGGUUCAAGGGAAAAAAAAGGCAACUCUUUGAAAUACUGAUCCCUGAGGGGACAAAGUAGACUAACGUAGGUCACGUACUCAGCUGUAAAUAAGCUUUCUUGAGCUAAUUACUUGAAAACUUGGGGGAAAGAAACCAACAUUAUUUCUUAUAGGUUGUUUUUUACACCCUGGGAACAAAUGUCAUGAUAAGUAUUCAUCCAAACAGUCUUGGGCCAACAACUAAAACCCGACAUUAAAAAGUAGACCGCUGGGGUCGCUCCACCAGGAACAAGGUCAGCGGCUGACCUGAUAGUAGCCGUGGUUUUGUUCUGUUUCCCCCACUGCAGGUGGAAUCUAGGACCUCACGCUAGACCCGUAAAGAUUACUUUAAAAUACUAUUUCUUCAGGUCACCUGAGAUGACAUUAGUAGGGGAUGUUCGGUAUUCCUGACAAGUGUUAGGAGCCACCUCCUCACUCCUCCAGCCUCCUGUCACCCCGUUUUUCUGGUCAACCAUUUUAUUGUAUAUUUGCUUUCAGGAACCCUAACAGGUGUGUCCAAUCUUUUGACAUUUAGACAUUGCACUACCAUUUAUCAAGUUUGCGCACAACUGAGUUACCUUAAAAAAAAAAAAACAAAAAACUCUUAUUAAUGUUUUAAGUAAGGUUCUGAUGUUGUGUUGGCUAGAGUUACAGCAUCCUCAGGGGCCCACGAGCUAUGGCCACCAUGCCUGAUGCAAUGGUAGAAUCAGACAGAGAAUCCACACAACCAACCGGUCCAUCCAAAAACUUGGAUAAGCACCUUCUCAACCACUUGAGAAUGCUGUGUAAACAGACUUGUCAGCCCUUAUGUUUGUGUGGCAAAUGCAGGUCUACAUGGGUCACAGACCCUGCAUUGUGAGGUCUUUGUUUUUAGAAGAUUGCUAUUAACAUUUUAUAAAUUGUGUCUUAAAUGAGGGAGUACCGCAUAAGGAAACAUGCCUUUAUGAGUUAUUUUUAUUGAAUGUAUUGACUUAGAUCUUGUUUCAAGAUUUAAAAUAAAAAACAAAACAGAACAAACUUUGCACAUUUAGAUGAGGACUCCUCCUAACUUAGUCUCAGAUGUGUAGUUACGUUCUGCCUUUCAAAGGCGAGGGUGGCUGCAGCUCAUUUAUGCUGGAAAGCAGGGGUGAGGUUCUUUACGGAUAUGGAAUGACCUCUGCUGGUGUGUCUGAACUGAGGGGAGGUGCUGGCCUCCUGGCUGUCAUGCCAACAGCCGUGAACAGCUCUGGGGAUUUCACCAAGUCUGUUCACAAUGAAAAAAGGGACCUGCCAAUCAUGGGUCUGUGUUUCCUAAAAAAUUCAAGGGCCCACUUAGAAUGCACGAGAGGCCCCAGGUUUAAUCUCCAGCACUUACAGCAACAAGGCCUCACUCGUAGGAGUUUUGAUUGGAGACCAUUUGCUAUAACCAGCUGCUAUCUUGUAGUGGAGUUGGCUAAACGAGCCGGACUCCAUCUCUGCCCCAGCAUCAGACAGAGGCAGUGAGUGCCCUUUCAGUGACAGCCGCCUUGCUUAGUUAAGAAAGCUCCAUAGCAAAACAAAAACUACAGGCAGAUUCGUUCCUCACAAAGCUGCUCUCCUAGUGGCUGGUCAUGGGGGGAAUGAACCCCCCCACCCCCAAGUAGGUCUUCAGUGUCAUGAGGGAGUCACUUCAGGGUUUCUUUACAGCCAUGCCUCCCAGAGAGCCUAGUUAUAAAAAUCUUAUUUGCCCAACUAUUUGAAAGUUCUGUGUUCGAGGCCAGCCUGGUCUAUUUGGGACAUGGUGACAGAUCUCAGUGUCUUGUCACCAGAUCUACCAGUAGCUGUCAAUCAGUAGCCUGCUUAUGCUAUUGGAAGCUUGCAGGCUGUUGCCUUAGAGCCCAGGAUAGCCCCAAAUUGGGGAUUCUCAGCUCAGCUCCCCAGUGCUGGGAUUGAAGGCCUCUUGCAACCAUGGCUUCCUUCCUUUCUUUAUUAUUUUUAAAUUGUUUCACUGGGUUAUUUUCAAAAAACAAAAACUCUGAACUGAAAUCUUCACCAAAAAUGGUAUUUAAAUAGAUUUGAUCUAUAAUUCAUUGAAGAAUUGAAUUUGGGGGAGUCUGUAAUUUCAUUAGUGCACUUUAAAAUCUAAUUUAUGUUUGCCACUGUGGCUCUUCACUUUCUCACUGUAUGCACCUCAUAUUCAGAGGAGAUGGGCAUUGAAUUAGCGUUGGACGAAGAUGGGCGAUUAUCUUGUGAGAAAAUACAUCUUAAAAGCACAUUUUUGUGUGUCUGCCCGUCAACCAGUUCUCUUCCUAAGGGCCAUCUUUGGAUGUAUUCCCUAACACCAGCAACUAGAUUCUUGGACCAAAUGGACUUUUACUACUAUCAUCCACAAACUCUUAGCAACUGGGCUUGACAUGUUGCCCUUGUCCUGUCUGUGGAUAUGAGGAUUUAGAUGCACAGAAGACUCCCAACAGAAUGUUGUUGCCCUUGUCCUGUCUGUGGAUAUGAGGAUUUAGACGCACAGACGACUCCCAACAGAAUGUUGUUGCCCUUGCUGCCAGCUGUGCUUGGCGAAGGGAGGCAUGUCGUAGGACUGGCUGGUUUCUGUGACAUCUGUCUGCCUGUGCCCUCACCUGUGUGGGCACUUCUAGUUUGGCUGGUACCAGUUGGAGACUUCAGCCAGAUGACAGUGUCCCUGAAACCCCUCCCUUCUUCAGGCAGCGCCGUGUGGGAUAGUUUUAUUUGUUUUCUUUUCAUUCUCUAUUGCCUUAUCCACCCCCAGAUGCCUCUGAGGGGUUCAGACUGUGUCAGGAAGUGUCGGGAGGACACUCGGUGGGAGCUGCCUGCCAGAGCCUUUAUUUCAGAGGCUAGUGUCAGUGGAAGAGUCUGGAGCGAGGGUUGGUGGAAGGUGUUUGCUCCCUGACCUCAGCACUCCUUCAAGAGGCUUCUCACCUUGGUACCCUGGAAAGGUUCUGGGAUGUGAGAGAAUCCGUAGUUUCUGCGUUCUGCACUAAGAUGUAGCAUCAGAGUCUGGAAGGCUGGGGUGCUGGCAGGAGACAAAAGGCUUAAGACUAAGCACGAAACCAAAGAGACUUUGACCCUGCUGUUUUCUGUUUUGUUUUGUUUCUAAAGCCAAGAACCCGAGCGACUCCAAAUGCCUUAGGUUUUCAUUCAAGCUGAGUGAGGGAGAGGUGCUGCAUCUCUAUACCCAGAAUAUAGAGGUAAACGUGUCCUUGUACUAAUGUUUAUAGUGCAUUAGGGGUGUGGUCUUCAGAUUUCCAGUUAAAGUUCAAGCCUGUUUGGCCAAAGACGUAAAUAGGAGGUGCUCUGAUGUCUUUGUCAAAGGGUGUUUAGUGAGCAAUGCUUAGCACUCUAACCUGACCUGAGGCUCUGCUGGAGGCCGCCGCUUGUUCUUGGACCACGAGGAGGGACUAUGAGGUAUGUGCCCUCCCUCUCUGCCAGGCUUCAGUGAAACCAGACAUCCCUGCCAGCCUGCCAGAGUGGAAUGGAUACUAGUUCCCACUCCUGCUUCAGAGACAGUGGCCACGAAGGGAGCCAUGAUCUCUGGAAGCAGUGAGCUGUGUCAACUCUGUUCCCUGGGUGACCAGAAACACCUGAGUGUCAGUGUAAGACAGUGCUGAGCCCAGAGACUGACCGAGCCUGGUCCCCGUGACAGACAGUGCACUCUCGUGUCAACCAGAGUGCCAUCAAAGAUGCCCAUUUUAGUCGGGCACACUGGGCUCGGUCUGGCCACCUCUUGCAUCUUGGCCCAAUCUCCCCAGUGCCUCAUGAUUUAGAAUAAUCCUGGGAGCUGGUUUGUCCAUAAAUCUGAACACCGCAUCCAAUGUUUCAGUUUUUUACUGUAUGCUUUUUGAAACGAUAACUACUUUUUAUAAUCCUUGCACUUCAUAGUUUGUGAAAACAAAAAAAUGACGUGGAGUCUGUUUUAUUUAGAAUUCACUCAGCACUGUAGCCCCACAGAUGGUUCUAAGGAGGGAGAAGGGAGGCCUUGGGUAAGGGCUUGGCGUGAGCAAGCUCAGCGCUGGUCCGUUUCGGCCUGUGCCUUCAAAGCAUUCCAGUGGGAGAACUCAGCAAUGCUCCCUCAGACGCUGCCCACUGAUUGGUUGAGUCUGCCUUGCUGGUGACUACGCUCCGUGUACAUGUUUGCUUUCCACUUUCUUUUGUUAGUCUGAGAACACAACAGGAAAUACGUAGCAACGGCCAGCUUGACACAGCCAUGGUCACCCAUUCCUACAGGAAGCUCGUGAAAUGUAAAAGAGGGUCCGUUCUGAAGAGCCCAGGGUGCUUCAUGUUUCCGUAGGUCUGGUUGGUGCUUCGCAUAGUCUGUCACCGCUAAAGCAAAGGGAAAUGCGAUUUGCAUUCUCCGUCACUUCACAGUGGGCACUGCACUGCCCUCCAGCCUUCUCUUACCUAGUUGUCAUUUUAUGGAAAGAAUAAUCUUCAAGUUAUGUUUUGUUGUGACGGACACCUUCUUUGUUUGAAAGGUUGUAUUGAGUCCAUAGUUUGGAGUGUGGAAUAAACACACACGUUAACAUUGUCACAUUACCACAACAAUGAUUGUGUCGGGCACCUGUGAGCCACAGAGCUGUAUUCAUUUUGUUUCUUUGGACUAUGGAAGGAAAUGUCUUCAAAUAAAAUAGUUCUCGGUCAGUU